GGCCGAAAUACCGUAGCCAUAUUGUCCCGGCCCGGACCGCACCAACUGCGGGACCCGGCAAGGGGGAACGCCCUAAGUGGUCCACUUCCGGCGGAGGUGACACCCCCCCGGGCCGGCGUUCCACUUGGUACGCUUCAAGAUGGCGGCCCCCAUGGUGCGGUGUGGGAUGCUACUGGCUCGGAGACUAUCUACGCCUCGCCUUUCCCUGGCAGGUAAAAGAUGCCUACUUUCUGCAGCGUACAUGGACAGCCACCAGUGGGAAGCAAGAGAGAAGGAGCAGUGCCACCUGGCUGAUCUUGCAUCCUUAAUGGACAAAGCUUAUGAAAGGAAGUUGCCUGUUAGCUCUUUAUCGAUAUCACGGUUUGUGGACAACAUUUCGUCUAGAGAAGAUAUAGAUUCUGCAGAGUACUAUCUUUACAAGUUUCGGCACAGUCCCAACUGCUGGUACCUGAGAGACUGGACCAUCCACAGCUGGAUUAGACAGUGUCUGAAGUAUGGCGCACAGGACAAAGCCUUGUACACCCUUGUGAAUAAGGUUCAGUAUGGAAUUUUUCCAGAUAACUUUACAUUCAAUUUACUGAUGGAUUCUUUCAUAAAGAAAGAAAAUUACAAAGAUGCUUUAUCUGUGGUUUUUGAGAUCAUGAUGCAAGAAGCCUUUGAAAUGCCCUCCACCCAGUUUCUCUCUCUCUAUGUUCUAUACCAUUGCCUGGCAGAGAAGACAGACCUCACAUGGGAAGAGGAAAGGAACUUUGGUGUGUCUCUGUUGCUUCCAGGCCUAAAACAAAAGAACACAGUGGGCUUGAGUUCCCAACUGUAUGGCUAUGCACUUCUUGGGAAGGUGGAACUACAGCGUGGACUGCAGGCUGUAUACCGAGACAUGCCCCUGAUAUGGACACCAGGCUACCUUGACAGAGCCCUUCAAGUGAUGGAGAAGGUGGCCUCCUCCCCUGGAGACCUCAAGCUAUGUAGAGAAGCGCUCAGUGUGCUGGACGCAGUCCUGAAGGAGGUGAUGUCUCCAGCUGACCAGGUGACAUCUCCAGCUGACCAGGCCUCAGAGACACAACCCCAGGAAGGUGAAGGCAGUUUGGGCUCAGCAAACCUGGUGGAGCAGCUAGACACCGAGGAACCAGAGCAUUCCAAGCUUCCCCAAUACCUGGAGCGAUUUAAGGCCUCUCAUUCUAAACUGCUGGAGUUGGGCAGAGUUGAAUCAGAAAGUCUUUUGACUCUGACCACCCAGCUUGUUAAAGAAAAGCUCCCAGCAUGUGAGGCCGAGGACCUGGCCGCUUAUGGGCAGAAGUUGCGUGAGUGGCACUUGGAGCUGGUGCAGUUGAUCCAGAGGGAACAGGAGCAGAGGGAGAGAGCUAAGCAAGAACACCAGGCACGGAAUUCAGCAAAGACUGCAGCCUAAAGGACCCCAGGCUGGCCCUGCUCAAGGACUGUGUGGGCCACCUCAGCAUUCAGCCGGGACAGGAUGGGACUUGGGACUGUGUGGGCCACUCCAGCGUUCAGCCCGGACAGAUGGAACUCGGCCUCUGCUCUCCAUCUUCUCCUUUUCCCACAGCAAGCCAUGCAGUAGCCUGAAAGCCACCAUGCGCUGCAUGUCAAGACACCACCCAUCCAGGUGCCCAGGGCCAGGGAACUAAGUGGCGAAUGAUUGGGCUAAGGCCGCCAGCUAAAUCUCUUAAUGAGCUUUCAGGGCUCUGUGGAGUCCUGGGCACAGAGUGUAAAACGUUCCCAAUAUCUAGUGAGGGUGAUGGAAGAAAUGAUAGCUGGGGAAUCAGUCUACAGCACGCGGGGGAGGGGGAAUGGUGUCCUGCCCUGCCCGGGCACACAGGGCCACAAGCUGCAUGUCCUGAGAGCUUGUGCUUCAUAGUCGCUGACCAGUGCGGAUAUCCUGGUGACUGGGUGCUGGGUGCUCACACAUUCCCACUGCCUCUUCCCACUGCACCUUGCCCUCUUUCCCUCUGGGAGAAGUCCAGCACAGGUCUCCAGACCACAGCCUCAAUAGAUUUCUGACUGUCCGAACCCAUGAUGACUUACAGAAUGUGGGGGCUUCUGCGGAGAAACUUGACCCUGGGUGUGAGGUCCAUGUGGACUUCUUUGGCGUAUUGGAAUAGCUUUUCCCCAGACAUUGUCAGAUAUGUAAAAUGAACCUUUGGUAUAGGUGUGUGCGCCCGUGUGCACACACAGACAACUUGAGAGCAAACCUUUCUAUUGAAGCAGGAAAGGAGAAGAGAUGGAACUUGAAGUGCAGAGCUGAUGGAAGUCAGUGCCGUCUGUCAGAUGGAGAGGGUCAGGGGCUUUACCUGCUGUGUAUUGAUGCUGCCUUUGAGUGCAGGGGUUCCUCUUAAUCAAGGUUGUACUCUUCUAUCAGAGCCUGUAGAAAUAAAGAUGCCAAAGUAA